GUCCCUCUGUAUUUGCCGUCUAAACAGCUGAAUAACACGGAAGUGAGCUUUGUGACAGCGGGAUCAGAGUCCAAACUGAGUUUUUUGACUCCAGACUAAAGCCUCCGGCGUUUCUCAGCCGUUAUGCUUCGAUUAAAGAUAAUCUCGGGACACUUGUCUCCCCGCGGCUCCUCUGAACGGGGAAGGAAUCUGUGCAGGUCGGAGUGCAGGGCAGCGCAGAUCAGCAGCCCGGAGGACGUGGUUGUGGUCCACGGACGGAGGACCGCGAUCGGGAAGGCAAAGAGAGGCGCGUUUAAGGUUAGAGUGUGACCCUGCAGACCUCAUACCAGCUGUACAACAGUUAAAGUUAAUGAGCAACCAGAGAUGAAGUCAAGAUUAUUAUUAUUGUUAUUGUUAUUGUUAUUAUUAUCAUUGUUGUUGUUGUUGUUGUUGUUGUUGUUGUUAUUAAAUGUCCACACCAACAAAUGUGAUUGUGUUAUUUUUAAAAAUGCGCUCCUUUUAAGUUUGAGUCCAGCAACAUGUUUGUAAAAAUUAAAGAAGAAAAAAAAAGGUUAAAAAAAACAGCUGGAGGACUAUUUGGACCAAGAAGGAACUAGGUGAAGUUAGUUUUAGGUUGGAUAUUCGACAGACAUUCCCUGCGGAAUGUCAGCUGCGCGGUUAAAUCUACUUUGCAACCUCGCUGUCAACGUUGGGUCUUGAAUAAGGGACCAUCAAUAAAUCACCGUUGAUGUUCUCGAAAAAGGCUGUUUUCCUUCAAUAGCUUCCAUGUCAUGCGACCAACAUACCUAAAAUUCAUUUCAAAUAAUAGUUCUUAUGUCUAACAAUCAGACACACCUCUUAUUUCCUAGUUUAGCCUCCAAAAAAUUGAUGCUAGAUUUAAAGACAAAUUUUGAGACUUUUCUUCAAUAGCUUUCAUGUCAUGUGACCAAUUGACCUAAAAUUGAUUUCAAAUAAUAGUACUGAGGUUGGAUAAAAAGACACAUCUCUUUUUUCCCCAAAUUUGUCCUCCAAAAAUGUCCCUAAAAUGAAGUAAAAAUUUUAACCCCGAGUUUUGCUUUCAGGACACGACCCCUGACGAGCUGCUGUGUGCAGUGAUGACGGCUGUGAUGGAGGAUGUCGGUCUGUCUCCAAACAAGCUGGGAGACGUCUGUGUGGGUGAGAAGACACUAACUCUUGAAACCUUUACAAAACAAUAGAGACUGUAUUUGAGUCUUCCAGACCUUUCUGUCCUUAUUAAUCUCCUCAGGUUUUUUUUUUCUGAGUGUUUCAGUUUUUCAUCUGUUGAAGUUCAAUGUCUCUUUUAAGAGCGUCUGACUGGUGUUGUUUUGUCUGUUGUUUGUGAAGUCUAGUUGCUUUGUACUAACUCACAGAAAACUUUCUGUUAUUGCUUUAGAGAAGAAUCAAGUUAUUUUCACCCCUGGUUAAACAAAAACUUAAUUGUCAUUAACAUAGGUUGACUCUGGGGGAAAAGAAAAGAAAUGCAAAGCAUAGGAACUAAAUUUAGCAAUAACAGUUAAUUAGAAUUUGCAGGCAUGCACUUGAAUUUCUUAACGUUUGGUUUUUUUGUCUGUUGCACGAGCACACAGGACACAGGCCUGACUAUCAUAGAUCUCAGGUUGGACUGAGCUGCUGUCUCUGCUGAAAGCUGACUGUUGUACUUUUGUCGGCAGGUAACGUGUUGCAGCCUGGAGCUGGAGCUCUGAUGGCUCGAGUAGCUCACUUCCUCAGGUCAGACUGAUCCUGAUCGGUUGAUUGAUUGUCACGUUGACUUCCAUUAUUUUGUCCCGUUGUUUCUUAUCCUUCUGUCCUCUGUUCAGCGGGUUCCCAGAGACAGUUCCUACCUACACUGUCAACAGACAGUGCUCCUCUGGACUGCAGGCUCUGUUCAACAUUGCAGGUAAACACUCGAUCAUUAGGUGCUUUUAAACCCAAAGUACAAGGAACCAUUGAAAACCAGCAGUGAUCAGCUGAUGCCCGCUUUACACAUUCAUUUAAAUUACAUUAACCAUUUGUAGAGGUAUAUAAUGUUGAAUUAUAAAUGAUGUGCCUGGAGAUCAAUAAAUGAGUCAUCAGAUCUCUGUAUGUCUGUUUUUCACUCUGUGUGUGUGUGUGCAGGAGCCAUCAGGAGUAGAUCUAUCGACCUGGGCCUUGCAUGUGGGUAUGUUUUUUUUAUUUUCCAACUGUAAGAAAUAUAGAGAAAUUACGGGAUGUUUUCCUCUUUCGAAUAAAGUAUAAACCAAACAAACAUUAAUGAAAACAACGUAUAUUUGUGUUUGUGUGUCAGUGUGGAGAGCAUGUCUCUGCGUACGGUGGGUAAACCAGGAGAUGUGAGCUCCAGGCUGAUGGACAACGAGAAAGCCAGAGACUGCAUCAUCCCCAUGGGGUGAGGCCUCAGCUGGUUAAACAACAGGACACAGACUGCAGGACAGCAUAGCCCAGUUUUAGAAUAUAAUCACACAUUAAUGUAGCAUUAGCAAAAAAACUACUCCUCAACUAUAACUUUUGUUGAAUUCUCCAAACGUGUUUUGUUUCAGGGGGUCAAUUUUGUUCAAAUCUAUAGAUUUCCUGCUUAGAGUCUGGUUUGUGUCUCUGAUUUCUGUAGCAUCACCUCAGAGAACGUGGCAGAACGAUUCGGGGUCAGCAGACAGAAGCAGGACGCCUUCUCUCUCAGCUCUCAGCUAAAGUAAGAUCACACCUUUACCUGUGGUCCUUCCACUGACUUUCUUACAGAAACAUGUUUUUAUUUUAUUUUGUGUUGUUUCCAGAGCUUGACAAGUCACAUUUUUCCAUCAUCAAAUUAAGAAGUGUUAUGUCAGUAUCCAGAGCAUCUACAGUGACAGAAAUCGUGAUAGGACAUUUAAGCAGAGCAGUUAAUAACUGUGUAAUUUGCUUAUAAAUGAAAAUUUGCAUCAAAACAUGGCAACCCCAAAAUAUUGGUGGUCCUAGGAUGGCUCCCUGAGGAACUAUGUUUAUUAUAUCAGAAAUCUGGACGUGAUGUCAUCAGCCUGCACACACUAGUCUGUUUUAUAGAUAUAUUUUAGACAAUCAGACUGCUGUGACUCGUUUUACCAAAAUUAACCAGAGGUGACUUCAUCUUCGUAGAGUAUCACUGUGUGUUUCAUGUUUGGUCACAAUUAAAGCAGGCCUUGAGUGUGUCUGCUUUAUAUGUUCUUAUUUCCUGGUUCCUCUCAGAGCAGCCAAGGCACAGAGCGCUGGUCUGUUUGAGCAGGAGAUUGUCCCCGUCACUGUAAAGUCUGUGGACGAGCAGGGGACGGAGCGCCAGGUGACCGUCACCAAAGAUGAGGGCAUCCGAGCCGGGACGACUCUGGAAGGACUCAGCAAACUCCGACCUGCUUUCAAACCUGACGGGAGCACUACAGCAGGUCAGGAUGGCACACAAACACACAUAGCUAAACACACACACACAAACACAAACACUCACACGCAUGUUCUGUCUUAGGCAAUGCAAGCCAGGUGAGUGAUGGAGCAGCAGCCGUGCUGGUUGGCCGCAGGUCUACAGUGGAGGCUCUGGGUCUGCCGGUCCUGGGGGUCCUGAGGGGGAGUGCGGUGGUUGGGGUUCCUCCUGAUGUGAUGGGGAUUGGACCUGCAUACGCCAUCCCUGCUGCUCUGGAACAGGCCGGUCAGGACUCGGAUCAGAAACAUGUUAAAUGCAGUAGAACAUGAAUGAUUUCACUUCGAGCUUCACUGUAAAGCUAAGGCUCAGAGAGGAACACUGAAUGCUUCGCUGUGCUGCACUGAUACUGGAACCUGCCUCCAAACACCAAAUGACCAUUACUCACCGUGUUGUUUUCAUGUUUGUCCCCUCAUUGUCACCCCCACUCUCCUCUCAGGUCUUACUGUGGCUGAUAUCGACGUGUUUGAAAUCAACGAGGCGUUUGCCAGUCAGGUGAGUUCAGACUUCAUGUUCAGGGAAAAAAGGUUUUGCUGCCUGGACCUGUGGAGGCUGCUGUUGCCCAAAACAGUUGGGUGUUGUAUGAAGAUGAAACUUACAAAAAGACCAAACACAAAGAGACCUAAAUAGGUCUAACUGAAGUACUCAAAUCACCGAAGUUUUGGGGAACUAGAGAAGUUAAUCCGAAUCUUUAACAAAGUCCUUCAGAUUUUUGGAAGGCCACAAAAUUUGUACCUCUAUGUCAAAAGUUUUCUGGUGUUGUAGAAGUUUCAUAAGAUCUCAACAAAGGUUCUGAGUAUCUCUAGAAGGGCUCUCUGCUGUAGCUUUCUCAGGAUCUAGAAAGGUUCCUUAGAAUUUGGAAAAAGUAACUUAGGAUCUUUAAAAAAAGCUUCUGGGGAUCUUGACAAAAUUUCUUGGGACCUCAAGAAAGUUUUGGUGGUCUUGAUGAAGUUUUCAAUUAUCCUAAAUGAAGAAUACAAGAUCUCACACAAAUUUCUUUAGAGCACAGAAAAGUUUCUAAGGAUCCAUAAAAAUAGUGUCUCAGGAUCUCAGCCAAUUCUUUCUCAGAAUCUCAAGAAAGUUUUUGAGGUACCAGGAAAAUUCCUUCACAUCUUGAACAGUCUCUCAAGAUUUAGAUGGAGGUACUUGAAUAUUAAGUAACAUCUCAAAAAGUUUUCCAGGAUCAGAGAAAGUCACUCAAGGUAUUGAAAAAAUUUAUCUGGAUCUCAAGAAAAGUUUUCUGGAUCUUGAGAAAACUUGGUAGAACUUCAAGUUUCUUAGGAUCUCUGGAGAGUUUCUCAGGGCCAUGAUAAAGUUUCUCAGGAUCUUGAGAAAUGUUGUUGGAAUAUUGUAUCAUUUUCCCAGACUCUUUAGUCAGUUCUCCUAAUCUGGAGAAAGUUUCACUAGAACUUGACAAAGGUAUUUCAGGAUGUAGGUAAAGUUUUUUGGGAAAGUUGCUUGGAAUCUCAUCAUUUUCAACAACCUUAAAAAACUUCUCUUGAUCUUGAAGUUUUUCAGGAUCUACAGAAAGACUGAAGUUUCCCUGUGAAAACUGUGAUGUGUCUUUCAAUGCUCAGGCGGUGUACUGUGUAGAGAAGCUGGGCAUCCCUCUUGAAAAGGUGAACCCUAACGGAGGUGCCAUCGCUCUGGGUCAUCCGCUGGGCUGCACCGGAGCUCGUCAGGUGGUGACACUGCUCAACGAGCUCAAACGCAGAGGCCAGAGGUAUUCAUCCUUCUCUUAAUUUCCUCCUCAGUCAUGGUCCAGCUGUAUUCUGAACCUUUUUUUUUAAAAUGUCGGCUGCAGGGCGUACGGAGUGGUAUCCAUGUGCAUCGGGACCGGGAUGGGAGCUGCUGCAGUGUUUGAAUACCCCGGACCAUAAACCACUCUGAUUAGAAAUCAAUUCUCGGUAACUGUGAUUAAAAACCCUUUCAGACCUGAUGACAGAUGAUCUGUAAAUGCUCUGGUGGUCCUCAUUGUUGCCUAUGUUGCUAGUUAUUUUGGAGAUAAAGUCUUUAUAUUUAAACAGCAUGGAAACAAAUAAAGACAAAGUAAUGGUCUUUAAAUUGACUUAAGUCCCCUUUACAGUUCAGCAUGUGAAGGAGGACCAUGAACUUUCAGUAAAACCUUUUUUUGGCUUUUGUUCGAAGGUAAUUGAAAUAAUCGCAGAGCUGUCCUUUAGCAGCUUUUCUAGCUCCUGAUGAAUUUAUGAAACACCCUCAACCAGGAGCAGAACACUGGUACUGCAUCAUCAUCAUCAUCAUCACUACAUGAUGGUUCUGAGACAGAGCUGAGAUUCAUCAUCAAACACUCUGAGCAGUCAAAGGAUCUGAAAGGGGAGCAGAUAUUACAGAGAUACAGAAUCAGCCCUUGAUUUGAAUCUCACUCUAAACUAAUGCUGCUGAUUUUGCUCUCAAUACUGAUACAAGUGACCUAUUUAAGACAGCAGUAAUUAAGGUGCCUUUAGCUGAUCAAAAGCACUCACUAACAGGUUUUUCCUGAGUUCCUUCAUCUAUCGCAGGAAGGAGAAGUGCCCUUUGUCUUUUUUAACACCUUUUACUUAAAAAUCUUUGAUGCAUUUCUGUAGCACAUGUAUUAACAUGUGACUUUCAGCUUACUGAGUUUGACUGGCAGUAAUGACUGCAGUAGGAUCUGGCAAACUUAAGGACCAAUCAGAAACAACCAGUUUGUUAAAUCUUCAGGUGACGGACCUUAUGCAAAUCAGAUUAAGUUCUGUGUGCAGAUUAAAAAAAUUCAUUUUUAAAAUGUUUGGGAAAAAAAAAUGUUAAUUGGCCUUUUAAAUCAGAAAACAGAAUUUUAAAUUGUGCAGACUUAAAACACGUUUUUUUCCCUUAAUUUCCAAUACGUCACAUGUAUUCCUGAGCCUGUUGUUGCAUGAGGCUUCAAGCUUCACUGUCAUUAUUAUGUGUGUCUUAUAAAUAACUUUAGGACUUUGUACAAAUGAGCUGGGAAGAAUUUUCUGUAGAGAAGCUAAAAAUAAAUCAUUUCAACAUAAUA